CUUGUACAUUUAAUACGUUAGAUGCCUUUCUAGAUUUUGUAUUGUAUUGCUUUAGUCAGAACAUUUAAAGAAUCCAGAGUGUUCUAUUUAAUACAAGCUGCAGUGUUGAAAGUUUUGAUGUUGUAGAAAGGUUAAAUUUUUUUUGUUAGAUUUCACAUUUCUCUAUAUUGUGAGUACAGUGUGGUUAUAAGGAUGAGGUGCGUCACAGUUGUGCUGUGUUGCACUGUGCUGCUAAUGCAGCUUAUGAUGACCAGCUCACAAACUCCAGAUGAUUCAGCUAUUGGUGACUGUUCCCAGCUGGAUUCAUGUGAUCGAUGCACCAAUGGAGACCCUGCCUUCAAUCAGACACGCUGUAUUUGGAGAAGCUGUGACAAUGAUAAUAACACAAGAUGCAUAUCUGACACAGAAGACUCUGGUGACUGUGCUGUGUACAAUGACACAAGCUCCUGCCCAAUUAGUGAGAGCUUUGAUGACAGUGGGUCAGAUGACUCUUCUUCAGGCUCGGCCCCAGAGUUUUCUCAGGCAUCAUUUGAUCUGUCCAGCUUCAUAGGUGGGAUCAUCCUUGUGUUGUCGCUCCAAGCAGGGGCCUUCUUUGCUCUACGCUUCCUCAAGACAAAAGACAGCUCCUAUGAGACCAUUGACCAACCGCAGUGAGGAGGGGACAAACAGCAAGGAAAAGAAAAAAAGUGAAAGCAAAUAUGGAAGAACAGAACAGAAAAAUGAGAAGAGCAGAAGAGGCAGCUGAGGAAUCGGAGACAAGAGAUGUCAGAGCAAAGUGUGGUGCUCUUUUUAAGGCCCCCACCUGUUUCUUUGGGUUUCUUUGUUUGUUUGUUUUUUGUAUUUCCAUUUGUUUGCAGAUGUACUUGUUUGGAAAAUAUCUUACUGAUUAGAUCAUUAU